AUGUCGUCCACCAGCAACGCCUCCAUUGACAAGUUCAACGGAGACAAUUACGCAACGUGGAGCCGGUACAUGCGCGGUGUGUUUUUGACGCAGCCUUCUGGCACGUCGUCAACCGUGAAGUGA